CGAACAGCUGGCGGAACCGGCUUCUUUGGGUUCCGGUUUGGUGGUGUCGCCUCUGGCUUCGUGUUAUGGGAGCCGUUUGUGCGGCGAAUGUUGUCCGGGGUGUGGACAGAAGUGGCCUCCUGGUCAACGGAGCAAGCAAAAGAGGAUCUUCCACCAUGAAGCUUCGCUGACUCUCUGCUGCCUGGGGUACAUGGUGGUGUGUCAGGAGCUGUCUGAACCCACUGGAGGCCAUAUUUUACUUGAGGUGUUUUUUGGAAAGUUAAACCAGAGGAUUCACCAUGGCUUCAGUGGCUGCCUCCCAAACUUCACCAGCUGUUGCGUCACAUGUUCCUUUUGCAGAUUUAUGUUCAACUUUAGAACGAAUACAGAGAAGCAGAGGACGUGCAGAGAAAAUCAAACACUUCCAGGAGUUUUUAGAUUCUUGGAGAAAAUUCCACGAUGCCCUUCAUAAGAACCAAAAAGAUGUCACAGACUCUUUUUAUCCAGCAAUGAGACUCAUUCUUCCUCAGCUAGAAAGAGAGAGAAUGGCAUAUGGAAUCAAAGAAACUAUGCUUGCUAAGCUUUAUAUCGAAUUGCUUAAUUUGCCCAGAGAAGGAAAAGAUGCCCUUAAACUUUUAAAUUACAGAACACCCACGGGAACUCGUGGAGAUACUGGAGACUUUGCAAUGAUUGCGUACUUUGUGUUGAAGCCAAGGUGUUUACAGAAAGGAAGCUUAACCAUACAGCAAGUAAAUGACAUUUUGGAUUCAGUUGCCAGCAAUAAUUCUGCCAAAAAAAAGAACCUAGUAAAGAAGAGUCUUCUUCAGUUUAUAGCUCAGAGUUCAGCACUUGAACAAAAAUGGCUCAUACGAAUGAUUUUAAAGGACUUAAAGCUUGGUGUUAGUCAGCAAGUUGUAUUUUCUCUUUUUCACGACGAUGCUGCUGAGUUGUAUAGUGUCACCACAGAUAUGGAAAAAGUCUGCAGGCAACUGCAUGACCCUUCAGUAGGACUCAGCGAUAUCUCCAUCACCUUAUUUUCUGCCUUUCGACCAAUGCUAGCUGCUAUAGCAGACAUUCGGCACGUUGAGAGGGACAUGAAGCACCAGAGUUUCUACAUUGAGACCAAGCUAGAUGGCGAGCGUAUGCAAAUGCACCGAGAUGGGGAUGUGUACAAAUUCUUCUCCCGAAAUGGAUAUGACUAUACUGAUCAGUUUGGUGACUCUUCACAGCAGGGGUCCCUGACGCCUUUCAUUCAUGGUGCUUUCCAAACAAAUACGCAAAACUGUAUCCUGGAUGGUGAAAUGAUGGCCUACGAUCCUAAUACUCAGAGUUUUAUGCAAAAGGGAAAUAAGUUUGAUAUUAAAAGAAUGGUAGAGGAUUCCGAUCUGCAAACUUGUUACUGUGUUUUUGAUGUACUGAUGGUUAAUAAUAAAAAGCUAGGACAUGAGACCCUGAGAAAGAGGUAUGAAAUUCUUAGUGGUAUUUUUACACCAAUACCAGGGAGAAUAGAAAUAGUGCAGAAAACACAAGCACAUACUAAGAAAGAAGUAAUUGAUGCUUUGAACGAAGCGAUAGAUAAAAGAGAAGAGGGAAUCAUGAUAAAAUACCCUUUGUCCAUUUACAAGCCAGGCAAAAGAGGUGAAGGAUGGUUAAAAAUUAAGCCCGAGUAUGUGAAUGGUCUAAUGGAUGAACUGGACAUCUUAAUUGUUGGAGGCUAUUGGGGUAAAGGUUUACGGGGUGGGAUGAUGUCUCAUUUUCUGUGUGCCGUGGCAGAGAAGCCACCUACCGGUGAAAAGCCAUCUGUGUUUCACACUGUCUGUCGCGUGGGCUCAGGUUACACCAUGAAAGAACUAUAUGACCUGGGUUUGAAAUUGGCCAACCAUUGGAAGCCUUUUAAUAGAAAAGCUCCCCCCAGUAGCAUUUUAUGUGGAACAGAGAAGCCAGAAGUAUACAUUGAGCCUUGUAGUUCUGUCAUUGUUCAGAUUAAGGCAGCAGAGAUUGUCCCCAGUGAUAUGUAUAAAACUGAUUGCACUUUGCGUUUCCCACGAAUUGAGAAGAUAAGAGAAGACAAAGAGUGGCAUGAAUGCAUGACUCUGGAUGAGUUAGAGCAGCUUAGGGGGAAAGCCUCUGGAAAGCUCGCAUCCAGACACCUUCAUGUAGAUGACGAUGACGAUGAACCGCAAGAAAAAAAGCGGAAAGCUGCUGUCCCAAAGUUGAAGAAAGCUGUUGGAAUUAUCGAACACUUCAAAGCACCUAAUCUUUCUAACAUAAACAAAGUUUCUAAUAUAUUUGAAGAUGUGGAGUUUUGUGUUAUGAAUGGAAUAGAAGGCCAUUCAAAGCCUGAUCUGGAAAACAGAAUUGCAGAAUUUGGUGGUUAUAUAGUGCAAAAUCCGGGCCCAGACACGGCCUGCAUAAUUGCAGGGUCUGAGAACAUCAGAGUGAGAAACAUAAUUUCUUCAAAUAAACAUGAUGUCGUGAAGCCUGACUGGCUUUUAGAGUGUUUUAAGACCAAAAGCUGUGUGCCGUGGCAGCCUCGCUUUAUGAUUCAUAUGUGUCCAUCAACAAAACAACACUUUGCUCUUGAAUACGACUGCUAUGGUGAUAGUUAUUUUGUUGAUACAGAUUUGAACCAACUCAGGGAAGUGUUCUCAGUAAUUAAACAUUCUAACGAACAGACUCCUGAAGAAAUGGCCUCUGCGAUUGCUGAUCUAGAAUACCGAUAUUCCUGGGACAGCUCUCCUCUCAGUAUGUUUCGACACCACACGGUUUAUUUGGACCUGUAUGCUGUUAUUAAUGACUUGAGUACCAAAAUUGAGGGAGCAAGAUUAGCUACUAAAGCGUUGGAGCUUCGGUUUCAUGGAGCAAAAGUAGUUUCUUGUUUAGCUGAGGGAGUUUCUCAUGUAAUCGUUGGGGAGGAUCAUAGUCACGUUGCGGAUUUUAAAGCUUUUCGGAGAACCCUUAAAAGAAAGUUUAAGAUCCUACAAGAAGCUUGGGUAACUGACUCAAUAGACAGGUGUGAAUUACAGGAGGAAAAUCAAUAUUUGAUUUAAAGUUAGCCUUCCUAGUGGGGAAAAGCCUCUAUUGUCUGGUAGACUCUGCAGUAGGUAGUAAUCAUAAAUUAUUAAACCAUAUUUUGUUUGUAUUCUUUUAGCAUUAUAUUUAUAUAGCAUCAUUAGAUAUAGGAAAACAAUUUUAAAUGUUGAGAUUGUAGAGACAGUCAAGGGCACAAAGCCAAGGAUUUUAUUACACUUCUUAAUAAAAUAUUUAAUACACUAAUAAAGUAAUUCCUUAUGAUUGCUGUAUUUUUAAAAUAACUUGUAAGUUAUAUAAAUUCAGCUUGAUGUUACUGUAUCAAUGUAAUUUUUGAUUGCUUUAAGUCAGAUUCCUUAAAAGUCUUUGUAUAUCAUACUGCUGAAUGAACUUUGUUAAAAAUUUUAAACUUGUAUAUUAUGUAUUUUUUUCUAUCAUGAUUUAGGUAAAAGUUUACAGCGCAAAUCAGUUUCUCAUUCAGAAAUUCAUACAUGAACUGUUUUGUGACAUUGGUUGCAAUUCCCUCCUAUGUGUCAGCACUCUUUCCCUUUCCACCCGGGUUCCCCGUGUCUGUUUGUCCAGAUUUCCUGUGCCUUCCUCCCCUCUCCUCUUUGUUUUUGGGCAAGUGUUGACUGAACUAAGAAGCACAUUCCUCACCUGUCUUACUGUUUGUUUCAUAGUCCUGUCUAAUCUUUAGUUGAAAGGUGGACUUCAAGAGUGGCUUUGGUUCUGAGUUAACAGUGUGUCCGGGGGCCAUAGUCUUGGUGGUUCCUCCAUCCUCUGUUGGACCAGGUAGUCUAGUCUUUUUUUUGUGGGUGUGUGUGAAUUUGAAUUCUGCAUUUUUCUCCUGCUCCGUCUGGGACCCUACAUUGUGAUAUUUGUGAGAGCAGUCAGUGGUGGAAGCCAGGCACCAUCUAGUUCUUCUGGGCUCAGGCUGGUGGAGGCACAGUCACCCAGUUUCUACAAUUAUUGGUGACCAAUCUUGUUACAUAUUUACAUAGCCCCUGGAUUAUUUUAAAGUAAAUCUUAACUCAUGUUUCAUUUGGAAAUAUUACACAAAGAGAACUUUGGAUUUCUCAAACAGACUUACAUUGCCUUCCAGUGUUCUCACUAAUCUCUUCCUGCAAGCUCAGACUAAAAACCCUGGAAUUAUCCUUGACUCCACUUGUUCUCGUAACCUCUAACAUACAGCAAAUUUUGUUGGAUAGAGCUUCAAAAUAAGUCAGAAUGUGACCUCUCACCACUCUGGCCAGCAACUGUAGGCAACUAAUGGUCACUGGAUUACUUUAUAGCCUCCUAACUAGUCUUCCUCCGUGUACUCUUCUUUCACUACUUUCAGUUCUCCAGAACAAAAUUAUUAUUAUUUUUACAGAUAGAAUUCACAUCACGUUAUUCCCCUAGUCAAAAUCACCGAAUUCCCAAUUCUCUUACUUUCCAAGGUCUGAAAAAAAAACUUAACUUUCAAAGCCCCAAAAGAGAACUAGGACUCCUUGGAAGAUGCUGAUUCUGUUCGGGAGCAAGAGCUGUAUAAGAUCCACUUGGAACUUUUGGUCUUAACUGAUAGCAAGGAAGCUAUCAACUCUAGUAGGUUUAGGACAGAGGUACCCAGGAACCAAUUUGAAGAGGUUCCUACUGUCAAAACAAUAUGGGAAUGUUUGAGCUUUGAAAAUGACAAUAAUUGCAAUUGAUUGAAAGCUAUCAGAUGUUUAAAUCUAUGAUUUCAUAAUGAUACUAAACAACAAAAUUUUAACCUUCCUGGGAAGAUAACCAGUUGCCCUCCAGUUAGUUCUGACACAUGGCGACCUCGACGUGUGUCAGAGUAGAACUGUGCUCCACUGGGUUUUCAGUGGCUGAUUUUUUCAGAAGUAGAUCGCCAGGCCUUUCUCCCCAGGUACCUAUGGGUGGGCUCGAACAGCCGAACUUUGAGUUAGCAGCUGAGCACGUAACCAUUUGUGCCACCUAGGGACUCUCAUAGGAAGAUAGAGAACCAUUGUUUUUUCUGAAAGCUAGUAGAUAAAGGGAUAAAGUUUCAAGCGUUUAUCCUGCAUUUCACGUGACUCCCAUGUAAGCAGUACCGUUGGGCUAAUCAAAUAGUUGGGGAGAAGGAAUAAAUAUACAAGUAGUAUAAUUACUAAAUGAAAAGACUCUGUGGGAUUAGAAUAUCAACAUUUUGCAACCCCCAGUGGUUAAUGUAUCUAUACUGACAUCACAGAAAAGAUGACAGAACACACUGCGAUAGUCUUUAAGAAAGAAUCAUCCAUGCCUCAGAUCAAGUCUGUGUUAGAUACCGAUUUGCAGGAAAUACAGAGGAUAUAUGAUCGUGUUGAUUUGCGCCAGAUGCUGGGAAGCUAUACAGCUCAAACUGCCCUGGUUCUGCAGCAGGAAAGUUAUAAGGAGAACAGAGAUGGGGGAAGAAUCUGUAGAUAAAAGAGACAUAAAAAGCAUUUUAAAACAGCCAGAACUAGAUUGUCAAGGUACAUAUAUUCGGGUGAUAAAACUACAAUGAAAUUCAAGGAAGUGAGUACUAUGACAAAGUGGUGGUUUCUUCUGAGGGGAAGAAAGGAUUUUGUAAUUGCCAUGGGGCACGUGAAGGAGCUUCUGAGGUGGAUCACAAAUUUCUAUUUCUUGACCUCAAACGUGUUUGCCAUACAAUAAUUCAUUAAUAUAUAUGUGUGUGUGUGUCCUUACGUACAUACAUAAUAUAUAUAUGUUUUGUGUUAUUUUAAAUAUAUGGGUUAUUUUUAAUUUUUACAAUAAAGUGGUUACACAAUACAAAACAAAACAAAACCCAUUGCCGUUGAGCUAACUCCUACUCAUAGUGACCCUAUAGGACAGAGUAGAACUGCCCCACAGGGUUUCCAAGGCGGUAAUCUUUAUGCAAGUAGACAGCCACAUCUUUCUCCAGCAGAAUGCCUUGUGGGUUGGGACCGCUGACCUUUUGGUUAGCAGCCGAGCACUUAACCACUGUGACACUAGGCCUCCGGUUAGAGGAUAGCCAAGUAAAAUCGUGAAAAUAUUAAUCCCAAUAAAGGUACAAAUUGGAAGGCUGCUUUCUUUCAGCACUGUAAUUAUUUUUCUCAAGGUUGUAUUUAGUGCUGUAACGCAAGAAAAACAAUUCAGGUGAAAGUAAGCGAAGACAAAUAGCCCUGAACAAUUGAAAAAGAGGAAUAAUGUGGGGUUAUGUGCUCUCACAAACGUAAGGAUGUGUUCGAAAGUGACAAAAAGGAAAGUGAUUCCUCCAGGUGGGGACAAAUUGAUUAAUGAGCUGGAGAGGCCUAGAGACAGAUCUAUUUGUAUAUGUUUAUUUAAUAUGAAAAGGUUGCAUUUUAAAUCAGCUGGGGAAAGUUAAUUGGUAAAUAAUUUUGGGAAAAUUGGCUGUCCUAUUAGGAUGGAAAAAUGUAUGUGUAUAUAACAUAGUUCCCUGCUGUCUAUCAUUCCAGAAAAGAAACUACAAAUAAUUAAAGAUCGAAGAUCUAAAUCUCAAAAGUACAACUAAAAGCCCUGGAAGAAAAUAAGUAGUAUUUUCAUAAUCUUGCAAUUGAGAGAACCUUCUCUGUGUGUGACUAGAAACAUAAGUCAUAGAAGUAAUUGGUACAUCAAGCUACAUAAAAUAUUAAAUCUCUGUCAGCAAAAGACAGGCAGCUAACUGAAACAGGGAUGGUCAGGAAACACCGCCUUUAUGUCUUCUUAAAUAUUUUUGUUUGUUUUUUUAUUGUAAUUUAGGUGAAAUUUUAUAGAGUAAAUUAGUUUCUUAUUAAACAGUUAAUACACAAAUUGUUUUGUGACAUUGAUUGUCAAUACCAUGAUGUGUCAACACUCUCCCUUUCUCCACCUAAGUUUCCCUGUUCCCAUUCGGCCAGUUUUCCUGUCGCUCCUGUCUUUGCUUUUGGGCUGGUAUGCCCGUUAGUCUCAUAUAUACGUGAUUGAACUAUGACUAUGUAGCACGUCCCUCAUGUGUGUUAUUGUUGGCCCUAUAAAAAACCCAAAUCCGAACCCGUUACUGUUGAGUCGAUUCCCACUCAUAGUGAUCCUAUAGAACAGAGUAGAACUGCCCCAUAAGAUUUCUAAGGAGUGACUGGUGGAUUUGAAUGGCCAACGUUUUGGUUAGGAGCCACGCUCUUCACCACUGUGCCACCAGGGCUCCUGUACCAAACCAAACCAAACCCGUUACUGUGGAGCUGACUCCAACUCCUGGUGAUCCUGUAGACCUGUCUAAUCUUUGGCUGAAGGAUGAACCUCAGGAGUGACUUCAGUACUGAGUCCAAAGGGUGUCCAGGAGCCAUUUCUUACUGAUUUUAAUUUUUUUCAUUGUGGUGAAAAUAAGCACGUUUACCGUUUCAACAAUUUCUAUGUGUAUAAUUCAUUGACACUGAUUACAUUCUUCAUGUUGAAUGACCUUAUCCAAAGUAUUUUAUCAGCAUUAACAAACUCGAUGCCCCUAAACAAAAUCUCCUCCCUUUCCUUCCCUCCCACUUCUGGUAACCACUAAUAAUCUUUGGUUUUUAUACAUUUGUUUAUUUCAUGUAAGUGAGAUCAUACAGUAUUUGUCCUUUUAUGUCUAACUUAUUUCACUCAGCAUAAAAUUCUCAAGGUUUAUCCAUGAUAUAUCAUGUAUCAGAACUUCAUCUCUUUAUGGCUUUAUAAUAUUCCAUUGUAUUUAGAUACCACGUUUUGUUUAUUCAUCUGAUGAUGGGCAGUUUGGUUGUUUCCACGUUUUGGCUAUUGUGAAAAGUGCUGCAGUGACAGGUUUCUGUUUGCAUUCCUGCUUUCACUCUGUGUAUAUCCUAAGAUUGGGAUUGCUGGGUCAUAUGGUAGUUCUAGGUUCAGCUUUUUGAGGAACCACCAAACUGUCUUCCAUGGUAGCUAUACUCAUUUUACAUUCCCAACAGCAAUGGAUGAGGGUUCCAGUUUUUCCACAACCUCACCAGCGCCUGUUGUUUUCCCUUUUUUUGGAUCAUUGGCCUUUCUAAUGGGGGUGAAACAGUAUCUCAUCGUGGUUUUGAUUUGAAUCUCCCUAAUGACUAAUGAAGGAGCCCAGCUGGUACAGUAGUUAAAGAGAUUGGCUGCUAACCAAAAGGUCAGCAGUUCUAACCCACCAGCCACUCCGCAGGAGAAAGAUGUGGUGGUCUGCUUCUGUAAAGAUUUACAGCCUUGGUAUGACAUUUCUGAUCAGCAUCUGAUCUCUAAAAUCUACAUGGCACUACAAAAACUCAACAACAAGACAAAUAACCCAAUUAAAAAAUGGGCAAAGGAUAUGAACAGACACUUUACUAAAGAUGACAUUCAGGUAGCUAACAGAUACAUGAGGAAAUCCUCACGAUCAUUAGCCAUUAGAGAAAUGCAAAUCAAAACUACAACGAGGUUCCAUCUCACUCCAACAAGGCUGGCAUUAAUCCAAAAAACACAGAAUAAUAAGUGUUGGAGAGGUCAUAGACUGGAACACUUAUACACUGCUGGUGGGGAUGUAACAUGGUACAACCACUUUGGAAAUCGAUUUGGCACUUCCUUCAAAAGCUAGAAAUAGAACUACCAUACGAUCCAGCAAUCCCACUCCUUGGAAUAUAUCCUAGGGAAAUAAGAGCCUUUACAAGAAUAGAUAUAUGCACACCCAUGUUUAUUGCAGCACUGUUCACAAUAGCAAAAAGAUGGAAGCAACCAAGGUGCCCAUCAACGGAUGAAUGGAUACAUAAAUUAUGGUAUAUUCACAGAAUGGAAUACUAUGCAUCGAUAAAGAACAAUGAUGGAUCCGCGAAACAUUUCAUAACAUGGAGGAAUCUGGAAGGCAUUAUGCUGAGGGAAAUUAGUUGCAAAAGGACAAAUAUUGUAUAAGACCACUAUUAUAAGAACUCAAGAAAUAGUUUAAAUUCAGAAGAAAAUAUUCUUUGAUGGUUAUGAGGGGGGAGGGAGGGAGGCAGGGAGAGGGGUAUUCAUUAAUUAGAUAGUAGACAAGAACUAUUUUAGGUAAGGGAAAGACAACACAAAGUACAGGAGCGGUCAGCAAAACUGGACUAAACCAAAAGCAAAGAUGUUUCCUGAAUAAACUGAAUGCUUCAAAAGCCAGAGUAGCAGGGAUUGGGGGUUUGGGGACCAUGGUUUCAGAGGACAUCUAAGUCAAUUGGCAUAAUAAAAUGUAUUAAGAAAACAUUCUGCAUCCCACUUUAGUGAGUGGCAUCUGGGAUCUUAAACACUAGCAAGUGGCCGUCUAAGAUGCAUCAAUUGGUCUCAACCCACCUAGAGCAAAGGAGAAUGAAGACCAUAAAAGACACAAGGUAAUUAUGAGCCCAAGAGACAGAAAGGGCCACAUAAACCAGAGGCUACAUCAGCCUGAGACCAGAAGAACUAGAUGGUGCCCAGCUACAACUGAUGACUGCCCUGACAGGGAACACAACAGAGAAUCCGUAUGGAGCAAGAGAGCAUUGGGAUGGAGACUUCAAAUUCUCGUAAAAAGACCAGACUUAAUGGUCUGACUGAGACUAGAAGGGCCCCAGAGGUCAUGGUCCCCAGACCUUCUGUUAGCCCAAGACUGGUACCAUUACCAGUGCCAACUCUUCAGACAGGGAUUGGACUGGACUAUAAGAUAGCAAAUAAUGCUGGUGAGGAGUGAGCUUCUUGGAUCAAGCAGACACAUGAGACUAUGUGGGCAGCUCCUCUCUGGAGGGGAGAUGAGAAGGCAGAGGGGGACAGAAGCUGGCUGAACGGACAUGGGGAAUAUGGGGUGGAGAGAAGGAGUGUGCUGUCUGAUUGGGGGAGAGCAACUAGGAGUACAUAGCAAGGUAUAUAUAAAAUUUUAUAUGAGAGGCUGACUCGAUUUGUAAUCUUUCCCUUAAAGCACAAUUAAAAAAAAAAAAAAAGAUUUACAGCCUUAGAAACCCUAUGGGGUCUCUAUGAGUCGGAAUUGACUUGACGGUAGUGGGUUUGGGUUUUUUGUAAUGACUAAUGAUGUUGAGCAUUUUUGCGUGUGCUUGUUGGCCAUUUCAAUAGCUUUUUUGGUCAAGCAUCUGUUAAGUCUUUGCCCAUUUUUUGAUCGGGUUAUUUGUCUUUUUGUUGUUAAGCUGUGGACUUUUUAAAUACAUUUUGGAUAUUAGACCCUUAUUGGAUAUAUGGUUCCCCCCAAUUUUCUCCCAAUCCAUAGCUUGUCUUUUCACUUUGAUAGCCUCCUUAUAUCGUCACUCUGUCAUUGACUUCCUUCUUUUACUUUUGUUGCUCCUUUUUAAUACUUGUAUCGUUCUAUCGCUUAAAUGUUGUUUUAUUCUCAGUCUUUGUCAUGCUGCUCUCCCUUUCCUCAACAUUCCAUCCACUCUUCCAGCUUCAUAUACUUCUAUACCACAAGCUCUUAAUGUGGGAUCCACAGACUCCCAGAGAUCCAAGAUGUCUCUGAACUCUGAGAAGUUGAAUGCAAUAUUUCAUGUAUGUGUAAAAUUACAUUUUUCUGAGAAAGCCUUAGCCUUUUUUUUUUAAAAACAAAAUGGCCCAUUAAUUAAAAAAUAUGAAUCCCUGAAACCAGGCUAUCUUUUAUAUUCCCUAAUUCAGUCAAUAACACUGCCUACCCAGGUGCUACAAAAAAUUUGAUUUUGUUAUCUUUAUGUUUUAUUAUGUGAUGGUUAAGAUUAUGUGUCAACUUGGCUGGGCCAUGAUUCCCAGUGUUUAUGUGUGAUCACCCACAUGCUGGGAUCUGCUGUGAGUAGCCAAUCAGUUGAAAGGGAGUUUCGUUGGAUGUGUGGACUGUAUCUGAAUAUAUGAGGACAGUGGAUGUUCUGGCUUUUGCCUGCUCUAAAUCCUGCAGCUGCCUCCUGUUCGUCUGACCUCCAGUCCUUGAAACUUGAGCUAGCAGCUUACCUGCCGAUCUUGGAAUUCAUUGAUCUCCACUGCCUGUGAACAAGAGCCCUGCUUACCGACCUGCCAAUCUUGGGUUCUCCAGCGCUUGUAGCUGCGUGAAUCAGGAGAAGCUUCUAUCCUGAUACAUGGACUUGGGACAUUCCAGCCUCUACAAUUUCAUGAGCCGUUUCCUUGAUAUAAAUCUAUGUAUAUAUUGGUAGGCUUUACUGGUUUUGCUUCUCCAGAGAACCCAGCCUAAGACUCUUACCAAGUCCUUUUGAGUUUACUUCUGAAUUAUAGCAUGGUAUCUAACAGCAAGAUUUCUGGAGCAAAACUGCCAGAGUGUGAAGCCCUAGUUGAGGGCAAGGUCCUUAAUUCUCUCAUUUGUAAGAUGGAGACAUUGUCUUUGUAAAUUGUUUUAGAGGGAAUAAAUGUGUUAAAAUGCAUAAAGGAUCUGGCCCAUGGUAGGCCCUAUAUAAGUGUGAGUUGUUAUUAUUCAAUGAGGAUUGUAUCUGUACUUCUAUAGCCACCACCAUGGCUGUCAGAUUCCAUUAACCUGCAAUGCUACUGUAACUUUCUGUUCAUUGUACCUGUAUCUAAUACUGCCACAAUGGCAAGGUUAAUGAAGGUCAAUUAAACCCCUCUACAUCCAGCCAGUACGAUGAAGGCGCAGAAGAUUUGAGGGGCAGAUAAGAACAAGGAAACCUGCAAGCAGUGAUUGGUUGAGAACAUAAGAGAAAUGAAGUGUGGAAAAGAAAACCGGAAUAGAACAGGGAAAAAUGAAGAGGGUGGGGGAAAAAAAGAGCAGCAGCAUGUACAUUGUGUGAAAUUGUGUGGAUUCAGUAGGAAAACCUGCAUGCUAGUCCCGGACCUAAAAGGUCACGUAACCACCCUGCACCUCGAUCAUUCAGGAGGACAUAACUGGUCAUGAAGGUUCUUUCCUACUUUCACAUCGUGGUGCAUCCAAGAACCAUUGACCACUAGGCUGCAGUUUGUCCAGUAGUGUGUGUUUUGUUUUUAUUGUGAGUUCUUUGGCUAGUAUCAGUGAUUUUGUUAGUAGAUGGGACUGGAUGGGCAGCUGUUGGAAGGCCUUGGAGGAGAUGAGGAGAUCAUGAAUUAUGAAUGCAGCACUGGCUUUUCCAAGGAAUAGCUUCUCAUUCCAUCAACCUUUUGGUUUGGAUAUAUGAGCUUUUUUAAUCUUACAUAAAUAAAACUACCUUGCAUAGCUUUGAGAUUUUUAUUGAUCUUUAACAUCAAUAUAAGUGUGAACAAACUGCUUAUUAUACCAAUACGCUUUCACGAUAAAUCCUCUUGGCCUUUCCUUACAACACAAACUUCUAGAUUGCCUUCCCUGUGACCCCUCCUGUGAAGGAAUUGCUGCGUAGAAACUCAGGAGCAGCCACUGGAAUUCCACCGUCUCCUAUUGAAAUCAUCCUAGCACGGCAAUUCGUAACAGAAGCUUAACCUAACCCUGGCGUAGGGCUGGUGCUCAAAUAAUAGAAGCUCCUACUUUUAUUAUUAUCAGCGUUAGUAUGUCUUUUUGUUACGGGAUAAGGCAGAUAAAUU